GGGAAUAUGUUUCCCGCAGCCCGGUUAUAUUCAGAUACCAUGAGAUUGGAAUCAUGUGAUAUCGAAGCUCAAAUAGCUACCCCAGUGUUAUCGCAAGUUUUGCAAGGCCAAACUCAAAAGUUUAUCAAGAUACUCAGGUGCAACUCAAAAGUCAGAAGUCAGACUCCAGCUCACAUCAAAGACCCAAUCGCAAUCAUGGGAGAAGCAAGCAACAUGCGCAACCAUCCAUCUACUCUCGACGCAGCCCUCAAAGACACCUCUCUAAUACGUGAACAAGCCUUCAUCGGCGGCAAAUGGGUCAGCGGAUCAAGCACCUACCCAGUCUACGACCCAGCAGCCAACGGUAUCAUAGCCAACGUCGCUAACCUCGGCGCCUCCGACUUUACUACCGCAAUCGGACAUGCACAAACCUCCUUCAAAGACUUUAAAAACACUUCAGAAACAGACAGAGCGAAGAUGUUGCAUGCGUGGGCAGCACUCAUCAGGAAACAUGCCAAAGACCUGGGCAUUCUCCUCACGAUGGAGAACGGCAAGACGUUAGCCGAAGCGGAGGGAGAAGUCGAAUAUGGAGCCUCGUUUAUCACUUGGUUUGCAGAGGAAGCAAUAAGGUCGUACGGCGAUGUGAUUCCGUCACAGCACAAAGGCAGCGCGAACCUUGUUCUUAGACAACCGAUUGGAGCCUGCGGCAUCAUCGCACCCUGGAACUUCCCCAUUGCAAUGAUUACCCGGAAGCUGGGACCGGCGAUUGCUGCUGGAUGCACAGUCGUUGUGAAACCGCCGAGCGAGACGCCGCUUUGUACUUUAGCACUCACGGCGCUGGCUGUCGAAGCAGGAAUUCCGCCAAACGUGAUCCAGGUUGUGACGACUCGGGAUCGAGCUGCUGUGGAAAUACUCUACACGCACCCGCUCGUCAAGAAAGUCAGUUUCACGGGUUCGACAGCAGUCGGGAAAUUGAUUACGGAGAAAGCAGCUGGUACGAUGAAGAAAGUUUCCAUGGAGCUCGGCGGCAACGCACCAUACAUCGUCUUCGACGACGCGGAUCUCGAGAUUGCUGUUGACGGCGUAUUGGCAUGCAAAUUUCGGUGCUCAGGUCAGACGUGCGUUUGUGCGAAUCGUUUGUAUGUCCAGAAAGGAGUCCAUGAUGCGUUUGUCGAGAAGUUGCUGAAGAGAAUGAGCAAGUUCAAGAUUGGAAGCGGAUUGGAUCCAAGCGUUACCCAUGGUCCGUUGGUUAACAGAGCGGGUGUGACGAAGACGAGACAGCAUAUCGACGAUGCGCUCUCCAAAGGCGCCAAACUCGUCGUGGGAGGUAAAGUGAGGGAUGAUCUUGACGGAUAUUUCAUCGAACCAGCUCUCAUAACCGGCGCGAAACAGAACAUGCUUGUUGCGAAAGAAGAAACGUUCGGGCCACUGGCACCGGUGUUCAUGUUUGAGACCGAGGAGGAGGUGGUGAGAAUGGCGAACGAUACCGAGUUUGGUCUCGCGGGGUACUUUUUCUCGAAUGAUUUGCGGAGGGUGUGGAGAGUAGCGAAGGCGUUGGAGGUGGGCAUGGUGGGCGUCAAUACGGGGAAGAUUAGUGCGGCUGAGAGUCCGUUUGGAGGCAUCAAGGAAAGUGGGUUGGGGAAGGAGGGGAGUAAGUAUGGGUUGGCGGAGUUUCAGGUCAUGAAGUCGGUGACGCUUGGGAAUUUGUAGUGAUAGGUUCACACAGGCUCGGAAGAAUCGAAUCCUGAUUGGUAUCCCAUAUCCAGUUGCCCAUCGGUUACUGCAUGUUCGAGGAGUAGGAGUUUGAAGGUAUUAUGAAUCAAUUUUCU